AUGCAGGCGUAUAAAGGCAGAGCUGGGUCUUCCCCCAGGGCUCAGUCUGGGACAGCCCUGUCAGUUUUUGGCUGCCACAUGGAAGAUCGUGUCCAGCCCAUCUCGCUCCCAGCCAUGCAGCAGAACUUGAAUUACGUGUACCCCCAGAUCUUUUGGGUGGAUGACUGUGCCAAUGCAAAUACUUCCUGCCCCUCGGCACCCCCUGUCGCUCCUUUCCCACCACCAGUGCCUGACCGGAGGAAAAAGCCAAGGAACAACAGUGAAAGGAGGAGUGUCGGCUUCCUGGUGGUCUCCUUGCUGAUCCUGCUGGCCCUCACCGGAGUAGGACUGAGCAUGUUUCAGAUUUUCCGCCUGGAGAAGGAACUGGCUGAACUCAGAGAGUCUGCCAGUACUGAGCACAUCCCUCCAGCCUUGGAGAAGCUCAUAGGGCAGAAGGAGCAGUCAAUGAAAAAGGAAGCAAGGAAGGCAGCACACUUAACAGGGAACCCAGCCCAGCGGGACCUCCCUCUGGAGUGGGAACCCAUCUCCGGCCAUGCCUUCACCAACGGCAUUCAGUACCGUGAUCAGGGCCUCGUCAUCAACGAGACCGGCUUGUACUUUGUGUACUCCAACGUGCUCUUCCGUGGCAGCAUCUGCAGCAGCCAAGUGUUGACCCACAUUGUCUACAAGAAAAACCCAACCUCGCUGGGCAGCCACGUGCUGAUGGAAGACAAAGGCAUCAACUACUGCACGAGUCAGAAAACAUGGGCCCGGAAAAGCUACCUGGGGGCUUUAUUCAAGCUCAGGAAAAUGGACAGUUUGCAUGUCAACGUCUCCAAAAUUGCCCUGGUUAAUUUUGAGGAAUCUAAGACAUUCUUUGGUUUAUUUAAGCUUUGAAUGGGGCUGUUGGAGCAUGGCUGGCA